AGAGGACAAGAGCCAGAGAGGAAAGUAGGAUAAGAAGAAAAAAGAAAAAAAAAGGAAGGGAGAAAGAAAAAGACAUAAAGGAGAAAGUGAAAGAGAGUUGUUGCUCAGCUGGGAAUCCCUCCAACAGACUGCAAAGACUUCAGUUUGUGUCCAAGUGAACGGACAAAGCAGCCUGACUGGGAAUCUACUGGGAGCACGGACUGGUUUGUACCACAGCGAGCAGGUUGCCAAGCACCAUGGCCGACAACGUGAACGAGGAGUCGGAUUAUAAUCCAGGGAAAGAUGAGCUGGACUGGGGUUAUGAGGAAGGUGUAGAAUGGGGACUCCAUUUCCCAGCAGCCAACGGAGAAUACCAGUCCCCCAUUAACCUAAACUCCAGGGAGGCUCAGUAUGACCCGUCGCUCCUGGACGUCGGUUUAUCUCCGAACUACGUGGUGUGUCGAGACUGCGAGGUCAUCAACGACGGACACACUGUUCGCAUCAUCCUCAAGUCCAAGUCAGUGGUUACCGGUGGUCCACUUCCCAGCGACCAUGAGUACGAGCUUCACGAGGUUCGCUUCCACUGGGGCAAAGAGAACCAGAGAGGAUCAGAGCACACUGUCAACUUCAAGGCUUUCCCAAUGGAGCUUCAUCUGAUUCACUGGAACAGCACUCUGUUCAACACGCUGGAGGACGCUCUGGGGAAGAAGAAUGGAGUCCUCAUCAUAGCUCUAUUUGUACAGAUUGGUAAAGAGCAUCUGGGUCUGAAGGCCAUCACUGAAGUUCUACAGGACCUGCAGUACAAGGGAAAGAGCAAGAUAAUCCCCUGCUUCAACCCCAACACUCUGCUUCCUGACCCGUUACUGAGAGACUACUGGGUGUAUGAAGGAUCUCUGACUACGCCGCCCUGUAAUGAAAGUGUGACCUGGAUUCUGUACCGCUACCCUCUCACCAUCUCACAGCUACAGAUUGAGGAGUUUCGGAGGCUGCGGUCCCACAUUAAAGGGGCGGAGCUGCCAGAAGGGAACGAUGGGAUGUUGGGGGACAACUUCCGUCCCACCCAGCCGCUCAGUGACCGAACGGUUCGCGCCGCCUUCCAGUGACGCUCCCUUUCCACUGCCAUCUCAGAAAAACUGUGGGACCUACAGAUACGAAU